UUGGCCAGUGCGAGAAUCAUUUUUUUAAUUGAUUAUUCGUAGAGAUGCUUAAAUCAGCUUGUGUGAAAGUUGUUGUCAUGUUCAGGCGAAAGUAAAAAAGAUGAGUUCCAUUGAUGAAGAAAGAUCACUCCUUGAAGUUGAAGAAUCUCUUUUACAGGAAGAAGUGAAGUUGUAUGCUGAAGAUGGUUCAGUGGAUAUUAAUGGAAACCCACCAUUGAAGCAGAAAACAGGAAACUGGAAAGCUUGCCCAUUCAUUUUUGCCAACGAAUGCUGCAAACGUUUGGCUUAUUAUGGCAUUGCCAAGAAUCUAAUCACUUACUUCACAAACGAAUUGCAUGAGACCAAUGUUUCUGCGGCUAGACACGUCAUGACUUGGCAAGGAACAUGUUACACCACUCCUCUUCUUGGAGCUCUAAUAGCUGAUGCUUAUUGGGGAAGAUACUGGACAAUUGCUUGCUUCUCUGCGAUUUAUUUCAGCGGAAUGGUUGCAUUAACACUCUCAGCUUCAGUUCCAACUCUGAAGCCAACGGAAUGUAAAGGCUCCAUUUGUCCACCAGCAACAAUGGCUCAGCAAGCGACUGAUCCAAAGGAACGUGUCAGAAAAGCUUCUUUCUUUAAUUGGUUCUACUUCUCAAUCAACGUUGGUGCAUUUGUCUCAUCUACUUUGCUAGUGUGGAUUCAAGAGAAUUGUGGUUGGGAACUUGGAUUCUUGAUACCAACAGUGUUCAUGGGACUUGCUACUGCGAGUUUCUUCUUUGGCACUCCUCUUUAUAGGUUUCAGAAACCUGGAGGCAGCCCUAUAACUCGAUCUUGCCAAGUUCUUGUAGCCUCAUACCGUAGAUGGAACCUCAAUGUCCAUGAAGAAGAAGACCACACACCUCUGUUUCUUGACAAAGCAGCGAUUAUCUCAGAAGGAGACACAAAAUACGAUCCGUGGAAGCUUUGUACCGUAACUCAAGUCGAAGAAGUCAAGAUUCUGUUGCGUUUGUUCCCCAUUUGGGCCUCAGGGAUCGUUUUCUCAGUGCUUCAUUCACAGAUAUACACUUUGUUUGUUCAACAAGGAAGGUCCAUGAGAUGAACCAUUGGUUCCUUCGAGAUCCCUCCAGCUACUCUCGGGAUGUUCGACACUGCAAGUGUCCUCAUAUCAGUUCCAGUAUACGAUAGAUAGACUCAUCGUUCCCUUUGUGAGAAGAUUCACAGGUUUAGCUAAAGGAUUCACUGAUCUACAACGUAUGGGGGUUGGACUUUUUGUCUCUGUUUCGAGCUUGGCGGUUGCAGCUAUGGUUGAGACGGUUCGGUUGCGGUUGGUACGAGAUCUUGAUUUGGUGGAGUGUGGAGACAUAUAUUAUUGGAUUGAGUAUUAGUAAUCAAUUAUUUUAAAUUUUACUGUUGUUCAAUUGGCUAAUCUAAAAUUUGGGUUGUAGAAAUUUGAAAAAGAUUUGAAAAAAAGGCAGCAAAUACAAACUGGAACUUUUUAUUAAAUAUAUAUAUAUGGUAU